GUUUGUUUUUGUUAUUCGGCGUGCUAAUCCAUGUGACAACAAACGGGGGAUCUACAUAUGCAUUAAGGUUCUAAACGUGAACAAUCAAGCCACAUUCGACCAGCCACAUCUAUUGAAUAUGACUGGAAGCCUAAUACUUCUUACCUCCGUUGCAAUCUUGUAAAAGAAGCGAUAGCAACGCAGAUUUGUGCUUCAUAAUAAAACAAAUAUCAUCUCAUACGCUUGUGUUUCAAACAAAAAGCCUUUAUAUUGCAAAUGCUCAUUUGCAAAAGAAGAUGGCGGGUGGAACGAUUCACGAACCAACGCCACUCCUUCUUUCAGAUGACGAGAAACAUAUCCUAGGUUUACACGAUCGCCUUCAGCAGCUUCAAUUAGAGAUCACUUUACUCACAGCCCAGAAAAAUUACGACCCACGUAGAAAUCCGCCUGCAGGAGAUGGGAGCAUAGAAGCAGCCCAGAAAGCUCUUCUGGAUUCAAGAUCUAAAUAUGUCCUCCGGAAUCAAGUAGUAGACAGCGUUGUGGCCGCCAAUCCAAUCUUACAAGCAGUACAUAAUGGUACAAAAGCAUCUCCCAUAGAAAGGGACUUACUGCCCAUUCUAGAACAGCGCGAUCAAUCAUCUUCAGCGUUAGCACAGCAGUCCUCGGAGUUACGCACGCUGCUUGACGAAAUUACGGAGGUGGAGAGUCAGAGUCUACGUCUCGGUCGCGAGAACGUGGAGCUGGCGUCCAAGUUGCUCGAACUUGCUGAGCAGACAAAUCGGAAUAAGGCAGAGGCAGUUAACAUGCAUCCGGAACAGGCAGCUGAGAUCACAAGCCUGGAGGGCCAAGUUAAGCUAAGUAGACAGAGAUGGCGGGUCCUGAAAGGCACUGCAAGCGCAGUGGUUGCCGGUAGUGGAGUUGAUUGGUCUAGAGAUUCUGAGCUGAGAGAUAUUGUUUUGGACCCUGAAAACGAGGAUGAAGUGUGAUAAAGGGGUUCAGAUUCCAAGUAUUGAUGAGAAGAGCACGUUCGAUGAUACCCACCGGAGUAAUAAUCAAUAAUCUCACUAAUCUGGCAAUG